CGGGCCGGUGACCCCGGGUCGGAGAAGUUCCGGGCCGGGCGCGGAGCAGGAACUGCCAGCAGGAAUUGUGGCGUUGGCAUGGCUCGCAUUACCCUGGAGGACCUCAAUGGAUUGGACGAUGAGUCCCUUGAUGAAGAUGAGGAGCCAAUGGAUGGGGAAGAACAGAACAGGCUGUUCUCUCAUUGGGAAACAGUGGCCAGCACCCAUCAAGUGACUCUUCCUCAAGAGAUGGCGGGUCCCAUCGUGCAGAUGACGCAGCACAGCCAGGUGCGUGAGCCGGUGCCCUAUGUCACCCUGCUGCAGCAUGAGAAGUGUGAGGAGCGGCUGUACCCAGCGGGGAAAUGGGCCUGCGUCACCAAGGGGGAGCCGAUGUACGAACAGAGCAUCUCCAUGGGCUUCAUGAAACUCAUGCGCUACAUCUGCAAGGAGAACUCCACAGGCCGCUACCUGGGCAUGACAGUGCCUGUGGUGAAUGAGAUCCGCCUGAGUGAGGAGGGCACCGAGUUGCUGCGGGACGUCACCACUACCUAUUACCUCCCAGGGGAGUUCCAGCCCGACCCCCCUCUCCCCACGGACCCCGACAUCCGCAUUGUGGAGAGACAGCCGCUCCGCGUCCUGACCAGGGUUUUCUACGGGGUGACGACGGAGGAGACGAUCCUCCGGGAGAUCCGCCUUCUCUGGGAGCUGCUGGGCUCCACAGACACCGUGCUGCGGGAAAGCUACAUGGUGGCUGCCUACGAGAACCCCAGCGUCCCUCAGCGGCGCAAUGAGCUGUGGUUCAUCCGGCGGGCAGAAUGAGUGCAGCGCAGCCCCGUGCUGGCCCCGCUUUCGAUGGCAGUUCUGGCUGAAGGAGAUGAAUGCACAGCCUGAUGCACUGGGCGCCGUAGAGCUGCGCUGGACCCGAAGAGGAGACCUGCUCCACGCCCAGCCCCGGGAAAACCAGCAUGUGCCAAAUGGCUGGCUGGGGUCCAUCUCACGCCUGCAGGGGGCAGUGUGCCAUUGUGCACUGAGUGUGGCUGGGCACAUGGGGGCGGGCUGGCCAGGCCGGGUGCUUGUGCCAGGGUGCCGGCCUGGGCUCGAGGUGUCAGGCCUGACUUGAGUUUGCAGUGCUGGGCCAGGCACCUGUGUGUGGCUGUGGUUGAAAGAGGUCUCUUGGGCGAUGGCUGGGGUGGCACUUCCUGGGGCACUGAGCAUUCCUCCGUGUCUUGCCUGCUGAAGGAGGGUGUGUGCUGCAGCCGGUGGGGGGCCCUUGCCCUGCUCAGAGCAGGGCUCUGUGUGUGCAUGCCCAGGAACAGAGACUGGUGGUGCCCGCAAGCAAAGCUGGGAUCCUGUAGGACUCUCCUUCGUAUCUGCCCAGCCGCGUGCCCGUGGCGGGCAGCCCCUUCGUGUUGGUCAGCGCCCGCCGCGCUGCUGCUGAGCCGGUGGCCACCAGGUGUUAGUCCGGCCCUCGGCCCUGGGCUGAGCAGAGAGGGGCAGCAGCGGGGUCACUGUGUGUUGUGUUGUGCAUUGAUUGGUUGGUUUCACACUCAUACGUGCUGCUGGGGGAGGCUGGCAGCGCGAACCUGAAAUAAAUCCAGCUCAAACCA